AUUGCGCUAUGUGUUUGGUAGAUUCCUGCUGCUGUGGCCUUCUGUCCCUGCACAUGGGGACUUUAUUGAUCGGCUGGGCUUAUCUGUCCUCAUCCAUCAUCAUUUGUUUGACGGAGUUGACGAACCCAUGGGUGCAUCAGCUGUACUGCAUCGAUUAUAACGUAGAGUGGUCCCGCGCCGUGAUGAUCCUGUGCGGCCUCAUGGUGCUCGCAUGCGUGCUGCUGCUGAUCGCAGUCUAUGAGCAGCGGCCUUCGCUGGCGACGGCUUUUCUGGUGGCAGCUGUGACCAAGACGGCGGCGAACCUGCUGCUGUGGUCCAGGCAACAUCCGUCGCGGCCGCACGAGGCCAUCCUACACGCGGAGGUUGUCCUCAUCAACUGCGCUGGUGCAAUUAGAAUCACCAGUCCUGGCGUGCUGUUCGCAGCGGUGCUGCUGUACUCGUUCUGCGUGGUGCUGAGCUACUAUAUGGACGUGACGCAGGAGCAGCUGUACUACUACGACUGA